AUGGCCAUUCUGAAGUGGAGCUACACUGGGGAACAGCAGGCUCCAGAUUGCUUUGAUGUGAGCGCCUUAGAAGAACCUCCACCACAGCUCUCCACGUUGCAGGAGCUAGCAGCAUGGCUUGAGGAAUCUGCGGAGCGUGGCUCCGAGCCAGGUGCAGCUGGUGCAGAAGCCACGAACAUCGAGGAAUCCUUGGCUCCGGAGGAUGACCUGCCGGAUGUGGCCACCAUCCCGGAGGAGGACAGCUCCAUGCUUGAGGCCUCGGUGUCCGUGGACAACGCAGGGCAAGGUGAAAACGCCGAGUUGGUGGCUGCCAUCCAAGCUGAACGUCGAACGCUGGCACGCCAAUGCCAAUGCAUUGCAGCCUGGACUUUCGCCAGACUCGAACAGAUGCGGGAACAAUACAACGAGAUUUUCGCCCGCAUGGACGAUUGGAUCAAAGAUCGUGUGCGGGAAGAGAAUGAAGCCAUCAAGGAGACAGAACGACAGCUGCGCACUGGUAAAUGGGAGGAUGAGGAGGGUCAUCAGACCAUCAGCAGAACCAUGACAGUGCGGAGAUCACACACAGGAAACGUCAAGCCGGCUCCCUCGAGCGCUGCGGGCAAGCGACGGCGUGAUGUGCUCAAGGUCAUUGUUCCGAAGACGCUGGACGUGAAUGUCUACGUGCCGCCCAAAUUGGAGGCUGGUCAUGAUAGGUGCUACCCAGUACAGACACUGGCAGCAUGGUUCGGUCACCCUCCACGGUUUCGCAAGGAGAUGAUGUGGGGCCUCUUAACCCGGCUUACCUCCAACCUGGAGAUGGGAGCCUGUGAUGCAGAACAACUAAUGAAGGCGCUUCUCGAAAGACGUCACGGUGCUUUGGGCUUUGAGAACGAGCAGGUGAUUCCACCCUCAUGGGUGCAGCGGCCACUGGUGCGGGCCGCAGCUGUCUAUCCAGUCUAUCUUGUGUCAGGUGAUGAUGCCUUUGAUGCGCUGCCGUCCUCGGUGGUGGUUCACGGCCGCCAGGGUCGAAACAGCAACAUCAACGGCGUGUACAUACGAGACUGGUCCACCUCGACCAGUCAGCCAUGUUUCAGACGUCCCGACUAUGCCGGCGGUCAAGCGAUUUUCCUAUACUUUGAAGGCGAGUGGCGGCUGGGAAGGUCCCCUGAACACGGAAGUGUUUGGGCGUAUGCUCGAAGCAUGGCGCCCUCGCCCCUCUUGAUUGAUGUGCCUUGGGAAGUCUGGGAUGGUCAGCAAGUUGUCCAGGAUCCACAUUUGAGAGUGAGCGAUCUAUCCUUGGUCCCACAAGUGCUGGAGCUAUCUUUUGGACCUGGGAGCCCCAGCGAACUCCACCAAGUAGCAGGUGUGCUGAUGCAACAGCCCGGACUCUGGGAUGGAAGACCCUACUACAAGCACACAGCCUUUCAGGAGUUAUUUUUGUUGUGUUCUGCGGAGGGUUGGCGCCUAGGUCCCUUGCCGUUAGCAUUGGGACCUCAAGGUCCAGGAGUGCGAGCUCCCGUGCUGCUGUCACGAAGUCCAGCAGCAUUGCCACAAGAAAUCGUAGAACCCUGGACGUUUUUGGGACGAGGCAUGAGCCAACUACCCCCAGGAUCAGUGAGGCUCAGGCCCAUGGAUGGUGCCCCUGCACCGUGGAUGGCGCCGCAGACGCAUCCGCAACAUUUGGUGAUUGAAGGAGUUGUGGCUGGUGAAGGAGCGGCCAACGGCGUGUAUAGACUCGCCACAGAGCCCUUGAACCACCAGCCGGUGUAUCACAAGACCGACGCUGUUCGCUCUGCCUCGCUGUGGUUCGCAGCGGGGGAUUGGCGCUUCGGGCCGUCCAUCGAAGAUGGGACCGUCUGGGCGUAUGCCACCAGCGAUGUUUUGUCAGGUGAUGCCAAUUGGAGAUCCUUUGAUGGCCAAGCACAGGAGGUUCACAUCCGCGAUGCUCGGAUGGCCAUUCCCGAAAAGCUCACGAUCAGCGGAACGGAGUUCCUCCAGGAGAAGCGGCUCUGCGACGCCCGACCGGUCUUUGGCGCCACCCUGGGAAGCAACGACACCGGCCACGGUGGCCACGGCGGCGGCCACGGCACGAAUGGGUCCCCGGCCACGUCCAGGGUCUUUCUGUAUUUUCGGGCACACCAAUCAGAGUGGUGGCUAGGUCCAGAAGUGGGUGGCACAGAAUUCGUGGCGCGGGCCACGGGAUCUCUCUUCCAAGUGAUUCCAAGAAUCGAAGAGUUGCGGUGGCGCGUGCAAGUUCAAGCUGAACCCGACACCUGGAAGAGUGACGAUGAAGCAGGUAAAACAGAUCUGGAUUUGGAGACCGUCACGGUUCCAAGUUGGUCCAGGCUGCUUUGUUCCUUUGCUUUGGCGAUCAGUGGCAUUCUUCUUUGGAGCUUCCGCGGAUCCUUGGGAGGUGGCAAGAAAGGCAGAGGCUUGAACCCCAGCAAGUCAGAGACUGAAUUGGCUUGCGUGGUUUGCCUGGAAGCUCCAAGGCAGAUCCUCUUGAUGCCUUGCAGACAUGUUUGUUGCUGCAAAGAUUGCGCUGAGCGCUUGGAACGUUGCCCCAUUUGUCGCACUGAGACCAAGAGCUUAGCUGAGGUCUUCCUGUGA